CCCAAUAUCGACCCCUACCACACCAUGGGUAGGACACCGAUGCAUGUUGGCAUUGGAUGGCCAUCUUCCCUUGUCACACAAGCGAUUGUAUCUCCACGCUCAAACUGCUGCAAUCUAGCUCCCGGGCGUGUCGAGCGUUGGAGGACGAACUCUGGGCUGACCAUCAACUGAUAAGCCAACAUGCUCCCCAGCUCGUCCCCAAGAUGACACUCUACGAUGCAGAAAUAACGUCUACACCAUUUGCUCUGGCAUACUGCCCAGCUCGCCAAUCAUGACAAGCGAGACCUCAGGUUCCACAUGCCUGUCUAAUGCGCUGCCGGUCCGUCUAUCGGAGGGGAAUGUGUGCAACCAUGGCUUCUACUGCCCCAACAACUCGGCAGCACACCCCCCGGAAUACUGCCCGCCCACGAGUUCUUGCCAAAGCAUUCGUUUGCAGAUACAGCAGAAUGUUUGCUCUGAACCUCAGGGCAUCUUCGAGCCUACCAUUUGCCCACCUGGUAGUUAUUGCCCUGAGGGCGGCAAUUCACUAAUGGAGUGCCCUGCGAAGCACUUUUGUCCGCUAGGUACCAUAGACCCUGUUCGGUGUGGCGCUACUUCUGUCUGUCCCCCAGGAUCCAUUCGAGAAUUCGCGCUGAUUGGCUUCAUUAUCGUUGUGGUCAUCGAUCUCUUAAUGGGUCUUUGCUCAUGGUGGCUAUCAUGGACACUGCAAAAGCGAGUAGCCGCUUGUCGUUACCGUGAUGUGGAGGCAUCGCAGCCCCUGCACGGUCGUGAAGAGUCCCGCUUCUCGAGCGGUGAGAAUGAGGCCGCCGACGAAAACCAUGACAUUGUUGCUUCAGGUAUUCGAGAUUACGUGUUUUCCGUCGCUCGAUGUAUUAGUGGUGGUGAUAUCGGUCUAUCAUUUGCAUUUUCGGAUCUCAGCUUUAAAAUACCCGGUACUGGAGUCGAAAUUGUCUCCUCUAUUACGGGAGACAUACGCAAGGGAUGCCUUUGCGCAGUCAUGGGAGCUUCUGGGGCAGGAAAAUCUACUUUCGUCGACCUCCUCAUUGGAAGAAAGCAAUCGAAGACUGGCAUCACGUACAUCAAUGGACGGUCGACGAAGAUAUCCGAAUACAAGAAACUCAUCGGUUAUGUUCCACAAGAAGAUUUAUUGCUUCCUGAACUCACAGUUCGCGAGACCAUGAUGCAUUCGGCGCUGAUCCGUCUGCCCCGAUCAUGGACAGAUUUGGAGUGCGAGCGACAUGUCGAUCUCCUUCUCCGUUGCUUGCACCUCCAGCACGUGCAGCAUAACAUCAUUGGAGAUCCAUCCAAUCGUUGUCUCUCUGGAGGAGAACGGAAACGCCUGAGUAUCGGCAUAGAACUAGCAGCUGCACCAAUGGCGCUAUUCUUGGAUGAGCCUACAUCGGGUCUGGACGCCGCAUCGGCACUUUCCAUUGUACGACUGCUGCGGCAACUGUCGCGCAUGGGGGUCACGAUAACCCUCAUCAUUCAUCAACCGAGGAGGGAAAUUUUCAACUGCCUAGACGAUAUAAUUCUGUUGGAGAAAGGCCGACAGAUCUACCAAGGCCCAAGGGCAGACCUUCGUUCACAUUUUGAGUCUCUUGGGCACAGCUUCUCCAACGUAUCCAACCCGGCUGACUUGAUAAUCGACGUUAUAUCCACCGGAAAGGCUUACUCGAAGGAAGCGACCGUUCCGCAAAGCGCUAAAAUUGAAAAACGACAUGAAGGAAACAUCGAAACCAGGGAUCGUACUAUCCAAGAUGAGAGUAACCUCAAAGACCUAUUGACGCUCGCCUCCCAUCGAGGAGCGCCGUGGCUCCACCAGCUAUGGCUUUGCUUUAUCCGCUCUCUGAAGCAACAACAGAGAAGGGUAUCAAGCUUCUAUCUUGAAAUCAGUGUUGGCGGGAUAGCUGGCCUCAUCAUUGGUCUUUCCUUGUAUUCCUUUCAAGGUCUCCAUUUUCAAGGAAUAUAUUUGCCCCCAUUUGAGCGACUGUCAAGCUCUGUCAACAACAACACUGUUGGCAUGAUUGCCUUAAUGGUUUGUAUGGCAAUCGGUCUCACAGCUUCGCCGCCGGGAGUCAGAAUAUUUGGUGAUGAGAAGCUGGUAUACUGGAAAGAGUCCAGCUCCGGGCAUAGCCGGUCAGCUUAUUAUGUUGGCAAGGUCCUUUCCACGUUCCCCAGGAUAUGCAUCUCGGCGCUCCACUUCACGUCGUUUUACACCAUACUAGCUACUCCCACAAUGACUUUUUGGGAAAGCUAUGGAGCAAAUCUGCUGUACUUCUAUGCAAUUUAUGGCCUUGCUUCAUGUGUCUCUGUAGCUGUUAGCAGGCAAGACGGACCAUUAGUAGCUGUGAUCGUGUGCUUGGUUAUCAGCGUACUUGGUGGUUAUGGUCCUUCCCUACGUACUGUACAGCAAUGGCAUCUGGAAUGGUUUUGGAGGAUGUGUCCAGGUACAUGGGCUAGUGAAGCAUACAUUGACCGGACUUUUCAGAGAGUUAGCUACCUGUAUGAUAUUGAAGCCGCUGCAAAAGCUACUGGCUUUGUGCUUAGAAGAUAUGGAUUGGAUCUCAGCAUGAUAUUUGUCCUGGGGACUAUAUAUCGCAUUCUCGCUUUUGGCGGUCUCUUGGUAUCUGGUAGGCAUCAGAUAUGAUUGACCCGCGAAUACCACGUGGGAUUUCCAUCUAUAGAACUCAGGGGAGCCUAACAGCAUGGCCUGAGAGUGUGGGGUCGUGGUUUUGGAGGUCGGAGGAUUAGAAGCACUACGGAGCAUAAUGCUAUCCCGAACGUGUGCAUCACAUUUGCUCCCACCGGGCCGUCUUACGUUAGAUUUCUAAACAUUGAUUGGUAGGGAUUAGGAUCGUUGGGCUUUUGUGGAACGAAAUGAGAACACUUCUGCCUCACGCUCAACACGCAGGCGAACCACUCCACUGGUCAAAGUUCAACGGAGGUGUUUACUCCGAGGCCAGGGUGGGAUGGAUGUGAAUGCACCUCAAGCG